GGGCCAUAUGACCUCGUUUGAUAAUGCCUAUCAUACUAGGUGAGCAAGUAUUAAAGGAAUACUCACAGUCUUGACACUAGCCAUUUCUUACAUGAUUGACCUCCAGAGAAGAGUCGUCAUUAUUGGCGCCGGUGUUGGAGGGUUGUCCCAAGCUAUUGCUCUCAAAACCAAGCUCGGAUUUCACAAUUUUACAAUAUAUGAGAAAGGGUCUGAAGUCGGUGGGGUUUGGAGGGCCAACACAUAUCCUGGAUGCUCGUCGGAUGUCCAAAUUCAUUGGUACAGCUUAUCAUCAGACCUUUACCCGCACUGGAACAAGUCGCAUGGCCUUCAGCCGGAAAUUCAAGCCUACUGGAUUAAGCUCUCAAAGAAAUAUAAUCUAUAUCCACACAUCGCGUUCAACACUAAAGUGUUAUCUGCGGAGUGGGAUGAUACCAAACAACAGUACACCAUCGUCGCGGAGGACGUCUUUUCAGGCAAGAGAAUGUCGAGCGUAGCCCACGUCGUGAUAUCUGCCGUUGGUAUUUUGGAGGCCCCGAAGAUUCCAUAUGAGAUCCCUGGAGUUCGGAAGUUUCAGGGGACUUCGUUUCACUCCGCACAGUGGCCAGGCUCAAUAGAUCUGCAGAAUAAGCGUGUUGCAGUGAUUGGAAAUGCCUCCUCCGGAGCACAGUUCGUACCAUCUAUAUCUGAAGACCCGUCUGUCGAAGUAGUUAACUUCAUCCGUACCCCGACCUGGUUCAACACUCGACCACAUGUUCCGUAUUCAGACACCGAGAAAUGGAUAUUUGCCAACAUCCCUCUGGCAAUGCGACUGCACCGAGCUUGGAUCAUGUUCUGGUUCGAUUUUCCCUCUAUCGUGCGCCCGAAUGACAAAACUCUCAAGAAACGACGUGAGGCGAUGACGAAAUACAUCCUCGAUAACGCACCGACUAGAUACCAUGAUCAUAUGAUACCCGAUUAUCCUCCAGGUUGCAAGCGGACCGUCGCAAACAGUGGUUUCCUGGGUGUUCUCCAUCGGCCUAACUUGACACUGAACUUCGAUGGAAUUGCCAACAUAGUGGAGAAUGGCAUCAUCACAAAGACUGGUGAAAUGUUGCCAUUUGAUGUCAUCGUAUACGCGACCGGAUUCAUGGGCGAGCGAUAUACAAUGCACGUUCGAGGCUUGAAUGGAGCUACUAUCCAAGGCUAUUAUGAUGCGCAUGGUGGCCCUACUGCAUACCUCGGGACCGCAGUUCCUGACAUACCAAAUUUUUACUUGCUAGCCGGACCAAAUACCGGAACACCAACAUCAACGUUGUUCGUGGAAGAAAUUGGAUAUAUCCUUCAACUCAUAGAGCCGGUCCUCAACGGUUCUGCUUCAUCAUUCACUGUCAAAGCCUCACCCACAGAUGCAUAUAACGCCAAGGUUCAAGAACGAAUCUCCCGCUCGGUAGUUCGUGCAAUGUUACUCCUGGGCGCGCACGAACGGCACAGGCAAGGUAUUUAAUCCGUUCCCUUGGCCUGUGACGCUUUGGUGGUGGUGGCUUCGCAAACCGAAUUGGGAUCAUUAUGUGGCAGUCGGCGCCGAGAAAUGGGUAUGGGCAAGGCGAAGAAAAGCGGUUCAGAAUAUUCUGAAAUGCGCUGCAGUCUCGACGCUAUUGUGGUCCUAUAUCAGCGGCUCUGCUCAGCGGAUUUUAUA